UAGUGCAGAGUGUACUUUACUGUAGUGCAGUACUGGUGUAUGCUGCUGCUAGAAGAGUAGCACAGAAAACUGCUCAUUCAUUAGGAUUGCUCACAUCAAAACUAUGGCUGAACUUCCAACAACUCCGUUUGUGGAGCACCCUGCAGCUGGUACAAACAAGCGACUCUCAGUUGAGCGUAUCUACCAGCGUAAAACUCAACUGGAGCAUAUCUUGCUCCGACCUGACACCUAUGUCGGCUCAGUGGAGGAAACCACGGAAACGAUGUGGGUAUUCGAUUCGGAGAAGGAGGCUAUCGUAAAGAAACAGAUCACGUUUGUGCCAGGCCUGUACAAGAUAUUCGAUGAGAUAUUAGUGAAUGCUGCCGAUAACAAGCAGAGAGACAAGAGCAUGAACAGUAUCAAGAUCACCAUUGAUGCUGAGAACAACCUCAUCAGUGUUUGGAACAAUGGGUGUGGCAUUCCCGUGGAGGUACAUGCCACAGAGAAGAUGUACGUCCCAGAGCUCAUAUUUGGCACACUGCUCACUUCUUCAAACUAUGAUGACGACCAGAAAAAGGUGACUGGAGGUAGGAACGGUUAUGGUGCUAAGUUGUGCAACAUCUUCAGUACUGAGUUCACCGUGGAAACAGGAUACAAACAAACGGGAAAGACCUUUAAGAUGACGUGGAAAGAUAAUAUGGGGAAAGCGGGCAAGACGAUCAUCAAGGAUGGCAAGACAGACUUCACCAAGGUCACGUUCAAACCCGAUCUGGCCAAGUUCAAGAUGACACACCUCACGGCGGACAUGGUGGCUCUUAUGACUCGUAGGGCCUACGAUAUGGCUGGCUGCACAAAAGGAGUCGCCGUGUAUCUCAAUGGUGUUAAACUACCAAUCAAGUCUUUCCGUGACUACGUGGACCUGUUCCUCAAGGCUAUUCCCCCCAGCGAAGACGAGGAGGACCUCCCACAGAAGGUGGUGUACGAGGUCGUGAACCCUCGCUGGGAAGUGGCCGUCACCGUAAGUCCUGCAGGAUUCCAACAAGCCAGCUUCGUCAACUCCAUAGCAACCACUAAGGGUGGUACCCAUGUCAACUACAUAACAGACCAGGUUGUAAGCAAACUGCUAGAGAAUGCCAAGAGGAAGAACAAAGGAGGAAUGGACUUGAAGCCCUUCCACAUCAAGAACCACCUGUGGGUCUUCAUCAGCUGUCAGGUGGAGAACCCGUGCUUUGACUCCCAGACCAAGGAGAACCUUACACUCAAGGCCAAGAACUUCGGGUCAACCUGCCCACUUACUGACAAAUUCAUUAAGCAGGCUAUCAACUGUGGCAUUGUGGACCGUGUUCUCACCUGGGCCAGGGCUAAGUCACAGGCCGUCAUCUCCAAGAAACAGAGUGGCUCCAAACACACCAAGUUGAGGGGAAUCCCCAAACUAGAUGAUGCCAAUGAUGCUGGUAGUAAGAACUCUCUGGGCUGUACUCUCAUCGUGACUGAGGGAGACUCAGCUAAAACAUUGGCAGUGAGCGGACUGGGUGUGGUUGGGCGUGACCAUUACGGAGUGUUCCCACUGAGAGGAAAGCUGCUUAACACACGAGAGGCCACCCACAACCAGAUCAUGGGCAAUGAGGAGAUCACAAAUAUGGUCAAGAUCCUGGGUCUCAACUAUUCCAAGAAAUACGUUGACUCAGCUGAACUUCGAACCCUCCGCUAUGGUAAACUCAUGAUUAUGGCCGAUCAGGAUCAGGAUGGGUCUCACAUCAAAGGUCUAGUCAUCAAUUUUAUCCACCACAACUGGCCAAAUCUGCUCAAGCAUAACUUCGUAGAGGAGUUCAUUACACCCAUUGUCAAGGUAACUAGAGGAAAUCAGGAGCACUCAUUUUACUCCCUUCCCGAGUUUGAGCGGUGGAAAGCAGAUACUGAAAACCAGCACCUUUGGAAAGUCAAGUACUACAAAGGUCUGGGAACCAGCACCUCUAAAGAGGCUAAAGAGUACUUCUCGGACAUGGACAGACACAGGAUCCCAUUCCACUACGAGGGACCGGGGGACGACGACGCCAUUCUACUGGCAUUUAGCAAGAAGAAGAUCGAGCAGCGCAAGGAGUGGCUGACCAACUGGUUGGAGAACAGGAAAGAGAAACGAGCAGCUGGCCUCAGCGAGUCGUUCCUUUAUGCCGCACAGACAGACACCAUUUCCUACGCCGACUUCGUCAACAAAGAGCUCAUCUUAUUCUCAAAUAUGGACAACGAACGCUCAAUCCCGAGUAUAGUGGAUGGGUUGAAACCCGGUCAGAGGAAGGUGCUCUAUACGUGCUUCAAGAGGAACGAUAAGAGGGACAUUAAAGUGGCACAGCUGGCAGGUUCCGUAGCUGAGCAUUCCGCCUAUCACCACGGAGAGGCUAGUCUCAUGUCCACCAUUGUUGGCUUAGCCCAGAACUUCGUCGGCUCAAAUAACGUUAACAUAUUGCAGCCACUUGGUCAGUUCGGUACGAGACUUCACGGCGGAAAGGAUGCAGCCAGCCCCAGGUACAUCUUCACGAUGCUAAGUUCCCUCACACGCCUCCUGUUCCCAUCCACUGACGACACCCAGCUCACGUUUCUCUUUGAAGACAACCUCAAGAUCGAGCCCGAGUGGUACUGUCCCAUUGUGCCUCUGGUUCUCAUGAAUGGGAGCGAAGGAAUUGGAACUGGAUAUUCGACGAGCGUACCGAAUUUCAAUCCAAGGGAGAUUGUGGCGAAUAUCAAGCGGAUGUUAAAUGGAAUGGAACCUGUUGACAUGCAACCAUGGUACAAGAACUUCACGGGACAGAUUGCCCACGUCGAGCCAUCCAAGUACAUAGUGUACGGUACCAUCUCCCGGCUGAGCUCCACCACCCUAGAGAUCACUGAGUUGCCCGUCCGGUCCUGGACUCAGGCAUACAAGGAGAACGUUCUCGAGGUCAUGCUGCACGGCAAUGACAAGACACAGCCUUUCAUCACUGACUACAAGGAGUAUCACACGGACACUACUGUUAAGUUUGUGGUUACCAUGACAGCAGAGAAACUGUCCGAAGCUGAGACUGUUGGUUUUCACAAGAAGUUCAAACUGGAGAGCAAUAUCAACAUCUCGAAUCUUGUGAUGUUCGACCACACCGGGUGUCUAAAGCGGUACUCGGGUGCAGUGGAGAUACUUAAAGAAUUCUUUGAUGUGAGGCUAGACCUCUAUCGCAAGAGGAAGGAAUAUCUGGAGGGCCAACUAACGGCAGAGGCAGCUAAGCUCACCAACCAAGCCCGGUUCAUCGUGGAGAAAAUUGAGGGGAAGGUUGUCGUCGAAAACAAACGCAAAAGCGAGAUGAUAGAUGCCCUCAAGAUAGCCGGUUACCGUAGCGACCCGGUCAAGGCAUGGAAGGCAUCCAACUCGUCCGAAGAUGAGGGAGCCAAAAGUCAAGACGAAGAGGAAGAGAGUGGUGAGGAACAAGGACCCGACUUCAACUACCUACUCUCAAUGUCCAUGUGGUCUCUCACUCGAGAGAAAAAGGAGGAGCUGCUCAAAAACAGGGAUGCUAAGGUGGAGGAGCUGCGUCUCCUGAAAGAGAAGACCCACAAGGAUCUGUGGACAGAUGACCUCGAGGCUUUUCUUUCUGAGCUAGAUAAAGUGGAAGCGACCGAACGAAAGGAAAUGGAAUCAGGUGCCACAAUAUCUAUCAAACGCUCCAAGAAGUCCAAGGGCAAAUCUGGAGGAAGACAAACCACACUCAGUGCCUCAAACAAAAACAGUCUUGGGGUCACUAAACCCAGCCCCUUUGCCGAGGCUAUCCAGCCAAAGAUCCCUGAGUUCAAUGCUGAGCCCAAGGCACCUAAAGUCAGGGUAAAAAAAGAGCCUAAAGCAACGAAACCUCCGAAACAAACUGUCAGAGGAAAAAAGGCGGCCGCAAAAGUUAGCGAUGAGAGUAAGCUAUCAGAGAAAUCAGUGAGCGAAAAAGCUAAAGAUUUCGGCUUUGGCGAUAGUGACAAUGAAGAAACAAUGAGUCUUGCCGAACGAAUAGCCAAAAACAGUAAAAAAGGAGAUGGAAAACAAAAGCAGACUAAAUUGAAAUUCGAAGUCGUCUCCACUAAAGAAGCAGACGACUCACUCUCUGAUGAUGAAGAAGUAAUGAACUUUGAAGUGGACACACCACCAGCACCAAUUCAACGUGAGAAACGAGCAAUCAAGCGGAAAACGUAUGCCGACGAUGAUGACAGUGAUGUCAUAUUCGAAGAAUUUGACUCAGAAGAUGAUUUUCAGACACCGAAGAAGAUUGUUAGACAGAACAUUACAAAAUCAAAGUCCUCUGAAUCCCUGAGCCCUGGAACCAAUAAGCCCAAGGGAACCAAAUCCACUGUAAGGGCGAAGGAAACAAAGGAAAACACAAAGAAGCUGAUGGCCAAGAAACCGCGGCUAGUUUUGAAGAAAUCCUCUGCUUCUCCUCUUAAAUCGGAUAUUGACGACGAAUCAGACUCUGUUAUUGUUAAUAAACCAGGUAAAACUUUAAGGCCUGCCGAUUUGGACUCUACAGAUGAUGAAGCCUCUCAACCCCCAGCUAAGAAGCAAGCCGUUGAAAAACCAAAGCGAAAGGCAAGUAAACCUGCAGUUUUUGAUGUAGACGUAUCAGACGAUGACUUUGCACCUGAUGAAGUCUCCCAACCCCCAGCUAAGAAGCAAGCCGUUGAAAAACCAAAGCGAAAGGCAAAUAAACCUACAGUUUUUGAUGCAGACGUAUCAGACGAUGACUUUGCACCUGCUCCUGCCCCUGCUAAAAAACAAGCUUUAAAGAAACCCAAAGCCAGCAAGCCAGUUAAAAAAGCCGCCGCUGCUGCUAAACCAAAGAAAGCUCAGGCAAAAAAAGACCAAUCGCAGAAAACCUUGUUCGAUCUAGGUAUGAAGAAGGGGGCGGCCAAGAAGAGCAGGACUGGUCCCACUUUGGACGAGCUACUGAAAGACGGUUCAGAAAGUGAGGACGAAGUAGUUCCCCUGAGCGAGAGAAUAAUAAAGCCUGUACCAAGCAAGGCAGCUGCUAAGUCCAAGGCAAAGCCUCCCCCAAGGCCUAAGAAGGUUACCAUUCCCAGUGAUGACAGUGAUGAAGAGGUAGUACCCAAGGCCGUUGCAAAGCCCAAGGCUAAGGCUGCCCCAAGGCGUAAGAAAGUGACCACUCUCAGUGAUGGCAGUGAGGAGGAGGGUGAGAAGGCGGUGGUAUCCCCGACGCCAGCAGCCCGACCCACCAGGAACAGGAAGAAUCAAGUCGUGAAUUACGUCAUCGACUCUGACGAAGAAUCGAUAGGUCAACCCACGAGGAACAGGAAGAAACAAGCAGUGAAUUACAUCGCUGAUUCUGAUGAAGAAUCUAAUAUUAUGAUGUCCGAUGAUGAUGAUGAUGAUGAUGAUAUGUAGACUUGUGACUGUUUUGGGGUACUGUCAGUUAGCCCUCAAUUCCAUAUCUCUUACCCUCCUAUUUUAAUGGCUGUUAUGUAUAAUAAUAUGUAUACCUUGUUGCAAAGAAAAUAAUUAUUAAUAAUAAA